AUGGACCAGGAUGACUUUGGGAGCCCUGCCGAGUGGGGUGACCAGCAGCCAGAAGACGGUGUGCUGGGAGAAGAAGACGCCCAGAUCCAGCAAGAAUGCCUGCAGAAAUUUUCUACCCCAGAUUAUAUCAUGGAGCCCUCUGUCUUCAACACUCUGAUGAGAUAUUUCCAGGCAGGAGGGUCUCCAGAGGAGGUGAUCUGCCUCUUAUCAGACAACUACACAGCUGUGGCCCAGACCAUCAACCUGCUGGCCCAGUGGCUCAUUCAGACUGGGGUGGAACCAGUGCAGGUUCAGGAAACUGUGGAAAACCAUUUGAAGAACUUAGUGAUGCAACACUUCGACCCCCGCAAAGCAGAUUCUAUCUUUACAAAUGAAGGGGCGACCCCCGCCUGGCUGGAAGAAAUGAUUGCACAUCCCACCUGGAGGGAUCUUGUUUACCGGCUGAUGGAAGCACAUCCAGACUGUUUGAUGCUGAAAUUCACGGUCAAGCUCAUUUCCGAUGCAGGAUACCAAGGUGAGAUCACUGGCGUGGUGGCAGCCUGCCAGCAGCUGGAAGUGUUCUCUAGAGUUCUCGGGAGCUCUCUAGCUACCAUUUUGGAUGGAGGAGAAGCCAACCUCGCAGAAAACCUGCCUCAGUUUGCUAAGAUGGUGUGCUACGGGGAGCACACGUACAUGCUGGCUCAGGUCCUGAUGGCCGUGCUGGCCCGGGAAGGCCAGCGGGGCGGAGCGGUGCGCAGGGUCGCCCAGGAGGUCCAGCGCUUCGCCCAGGAGAGUGGCCACGAUGGCAGUCGCAUCCCGCUUGCCCUGGGCAGAGGUGCCUCCUACCCCCAGCUGUGCCAGGCCCUGGGGGCCAUGCUGUCCAAGGGGGCCCUGAAUCCAGCCGACAUCACCGUCCUCUACAACCUGUUUGUUACCAGCAGGGACCCGCCUCCUGUCGAGCUCAUCCGGGCGCCCGCCUUCCUGGACCUGUUCAUGCAAUCGCUCUUUAAACCCGGGGCCAGGAUCAACCCAGACCACAAGCACAAGUAUAUCCAUCUCUUGGCCUAUGCGGCCAGCGUGGUGGAGAUCUGGAAGAAGAACAAGCGCCUGAGCAUCAAUCAAGAUGAGCUGAAGGCAACGGCGAAGGCUAUUGAAACUGUUCACAGUUGGUGCUGCGCUGAGAACACAGGGGCGAGUGAGCUCCUGGCCAAGCUGGGCACCCUCUAUAGGUGCAUCAGAUUUCCAGUGGUGGCGGUGGGUGUGCUGACGUGGGUGGACUGGACCGUGUCAAAGCCCAAGUUCUUUGAGCGGCACACCCACCCCACUCCGGUGCCCCUGGCCCUGCUAGACGAGGUCAGCACCUGCCAUCCCCUCCUGCACCCUCACAUCUUGCAGCUGCUGAUCAAGCUCUUGGAGACUGAGUACCCCGAGCUGGAUGCCUUGAAGCAGCUCGAGGUGAAGAAGACCCUCCUGGACAGGAUGGUGCACCUGCUGAGUUGUGGCCAUGUGCUCCCCGUGGUCGCCUACAUCCGCAGGUGUCUGGAGAAGCUGGACAUCGACCUGUCUCUUAUCCGCUAUUUUGUGACUGAGGUGCUGGAUAUGAUCAGCCCUCCCUACACCUCUGAUUUUGUGCAGCUUUUCCUGCCCAUCCUGGAAAACGACAGCAUCACCAGCACCCUGAAAAGGGCAGGUGAACAUGACCCUGUGAUGGAGUUCAUAGCUCACUGCCAAUCUAACUUCAUGCUGCUGAACUGA